AUGAUUCACAAUGCGUUGCGUGUGCGUCGCGGUUUCUACAAAAAUACAUGCCAGAUAUUCAUCGAAGUCAAAUUUGAAGAAGGUGAGUAAGUACGCUCUACUGACAAACACGCUUUCUCUGUAAAUUUUCGAAAAUUAUUUUCAGAGCGCUCUCAUUGUAAUGCUGAUAAUCUCCGGUAUGUUUAAUUUUUUUUUUUAUAGAUUUUCGAUUUCGUACCUAACGCGUUGCAGAUGCGUCGCGGUUUUGAGUUUUUUUUUUCUAUUUUUCUCAUCAAAAUAUUUGUCGCACAGCUGGGCGCGAGGUCGUCUAAAAAUGUACAUUUCUUUGAAUACCCGUUGUCCAGGUGUCUCAUUUUAUUUUUAUAUUUUAUUUCACAAAUUGUUUUUUUUUCUGUAUAGGCCCGACGUUUUCUCAAUAAUUUUUCUCAAAAAAAAUGAGAUAUCUUCCAUUUUUAUUUUUCAGAUAUUCAAAGUUGGGCAUAGAAUCUCAAAAAGUCAUGGAACAUCUGUGUGUUGGAUGUCCAAAUACAAAUGCAAAAUGGUAUUGUACUGUUUGUGGUGUAAGUUGUUGUUUCGUUUUGAAUUUUUCUAUACAUAUAACCCCUGAUAUUUCCAGGAUUAUAUUUUGUGUGGAUCUUGCCUAGCUACCACCGAACACCCACAUAUAUUCGAACUUAUCCCAAGUGAAUCCGCUGGAAAUCGUCGUCUAGAAAAUAUUCAACGAUGCACUCACUACUGGGUUCACGUUUCUCGAUGUAGAGAUGCAGAUUGUCGUCAAUCGAAGUGUCAAUUGAUGAAACAAGCUUUGGAGCACACGAAAACGUGCACGAGCCGCGAAAUCUAUGGAAAUUGCCGUGUUUGUCGACAACUUAUGCAGUUGUCCUUUGAACAUGCAAAACAAUGCUCACAACCUGCGUGUUUUGUGCCAUUCUGUAUGAAUAUGCGACAGAAAAUGGCGGCUCGCCAGAAUGUUUGA